AUGGCCCUGAAGCGUAGAGGCACUAAAAUAGGCGCUGAUGGAAUACAGGAUAGUCCGGAAUGUGUGUCACACAAGCAAUUGUCCUUUCUUAAUUUCUUUACAUGUCCUCUUGUGUCACUGGUGUUCCAGAUUAGUGUCCCAGGAUUUCUCCGGAGGCAGGCCUUAGCACUGGCAGCUCCUGGUGAUCAUGUAGCUGCUACCUUUGGUGCUGGACUGGGCUAUGCCUGUGUGGUGGAUGUUGGUGACCAAAAGACUUCAGUAUCCUGUGUGGAAGAUGCCAUUUCUCAUCCAGCCACAAGGUUACGUUUGGAUUAUGGUGGUGGUGAUGUUACUCAAGUAUUCUACUGGCUGUUGAAGAAAUCUGGUUUUCCACACCCAGUAAAUCUCAGCAGAAAACUUGAUGCAAUGCUGCUCAACAAACUUAAGCAUGAAUUUUGUCAUGUUAAUUUACAGCACAGAUGCCUUCUGGGUGGAAACCGGAGCUCCCGGAGGAAAACCACCCGUGCUGCUGUGGAUAUGCUACAGAAUGAAUGUGGAGCACAGGAGAAGACCUUUACUGUGCAUAGUCCAGGUGAAAUAUCCUCCACCUACACCAUUCAGAUGGGGGAUGAGCUCAUAGUAGCUGCUCUCAGUCUCUUUUAUCCAGACCUCCUCAAGAUAACAGGUUCAAAGAGUACCAUUACACAAAAGCCUAAUCCAGGUGAUCCAGAUGAUCCUUUUGAUGAAAAUUAUCUGCGAGAAACAAGUAGGAGGGGUGGCCGUGAAGCAGCUGAGGCCAUGGAAGUAGGAGGUGGUGAAGGAGGUGAUGCAGGGGAAGAAGAUAUUGUUGUUGAUGAUCAACCACUUCCUCCAGCUCAGAUUGUUCCUUCAUCAUCAUCACGGAAUGAUACCACAGCUUUUACCAGUUAUGACAAGCUGCUUUCUUUAGAGCAAGCUAUUCUCACUAGUAUAGAAAGAUGUCAAAGUGAUGAAAUGAAGAGGAAAAUGUAUAGCAGCAUUUUGAUUGUCGGAGGAGGAGCAAAAUUCAAAAACAUUGGAAAAUGGCUGCAAAGUAGAUUAGCUCUGCAAAUUCCUGUUGCUUACAGACCAGAACAAAUUGAAGUCAUCACCCGUGCCAAAGAUAUGGAUCCCUGUAUGACAUCCUGGAAAGGUGCAGCACUUAUGACAUGCCUAGAAGGAAGCAGUGAACUUUGGAUUCAGCAGUCCGAGUGGAAUAAGCAUGGAGUCAAGAUUCUGAGGGAAAAAUGUCCAUUUAUCUGGUAGAUGUAUAGAUUUAAAUUACAGGCACAAUAAAGUGCUUUAAUAUUAAUUGUACUGUCUUACUAAGAUUAAGACUAUAUUGAUAAUUUGGCACUCCCUUGAAAACAUGUAGGGCUUAUUUUCAUAUAGUUGGGCAAGACUGAAGGAUAAAAUUUUUAAUUUUCAAACAUACUUCCCUCCUAACUGCAUUCCAUCACUUAUUUAGUAUGUCACCAAAAUUCAACUACCUUUCUAGGCACCUAACUGCAUUCCAUCACCUAUAUAGUACAUUACUCACUGAAGUCCAGCUACCUUUGUGGAUAGCUCUUUUAGCUCAGAGCCUCUCCACCUCAGGUGAGGAGAGAAGGAGGGCAGACGUAGGUGAGAGAGGGAGAACUCAGAGUCACAGCAGGCCCAAGGAACUGUGUGUAAUUCAUCAUGGUUGUCUGCUAGUCACUCAGCCAGCCUUUACUCUACAGAAAGAGCUCAGAGCUCAUAGACCAAUCUUUGGGUAGGACUGAGACCACACCACACACUAGGACAGCAAGGCUACAACCUCUAAAAUUACAUCAUGUGCUAUUGACCCUCACUAACUUGGACUAAUACGGGGAAAGGUUGGUCCAACAAACAUGAAUAUCUGACUUAUACAAAUUCCAUCCCCUCCACCACACACACACACACACACACACACACACACACACACACACAAAAAAAAAAAAAAAAAAAAAGUAAAAAUAAAUAAAUAAAUAACAAAAUAUAAAAAAAGGCAGUUCAACUUAGAUUGUAGGGGGCUGUGCAAGAAUGAUUUUAUUUUUUAUUUUGAGGGGAUUGAAAAUUUUGGGACUUCUAUUGUCUCUCCGAAACCUUGAGACACUGAAUGGUGUAGUUUAUUUUGGGAUAAUUAAAUACCCUUCCCACCAGUGCCAUUUUUAAAUGUCCCGUAAGAUUGUGUCAUAGCAUGACUCAUGCCCUACACAAUACAUGGCCAGGCAUCAAGAGUUGAGGUGUGUCAAUUAGCUCUCUACUUUUUGAGAAACUGUAUUUUUACUGGCAUAAAUUGACGAGAAAUAAAAUCAGAAACUUCGAGAAGAAAAGACAACAAGAUACAAACGUAUCAUUGUAAGACAGCUGUGGCUGACAGCUGGACCUUGAACACUUGCCUCCCCAUUUGUCACAUGUAUUAUCUUCCCCCUCCGAGACCCUCGCCUCAUCCCAUGCCUCACCACCACGCUUCUACACCCUCUUUUUAUGUCAUAAGACUGCUAUGAUCUUUUCAAACACUUUUUCUCACUACCUUCAUCAUGACAACUAUAGAUGACAUAACUCUCACAAUAACACUAUUACAAAAGAUAAUUUUGAGACAGGUAUAAAACUGGAGCAGAUGAGUAAUACUUACUUCACAGUAUCAUUAUCAUUUCAACACACUAGUAACAACUCGGAUAGUGUCGUAAAGCAGCAGAUUGCCAUGACACUGCUGAUGGCUCUUUCCAAACUCUCACGCACGAGUGAAUAAUAUUUUCUAGAAAAGCGGGGAUCCUAUCAUGCUCCAAGAAGUCAACAUUGUAUACACAAUCAUCUGUAAAAAUUUCAUGUGUGUCACAUGAAUACAAAUAGUAAAACAAGGGCGAAAUUAUGAAAAAUCUUUAGGAGUGAAUAUCUUGGAAAGUGGAUUUUUACACCAGAAUUCUCACAAAAUCAGUAUAAAUUCUGAUCACCUUUUGUUUGGUAUACGUAAUUUCAAACUAUAAUUAAAUUACAAUUUUUUGUUGGAAUUAGAUUUUUAAUAAUGUCAAUAGAAAACGAGAUACAAGAAAAUGAAAAAAAAACCUGGGCAGGCAGUUCAGCUCUGACGUUAGUUAGAGUCCAACUUAUUGUAAAAUCAAAGUUAUCAAGAUUCAACAGUACCUACUUGGUGCUAAGUGAACACAUAAAGAGGCUUGCCUGUUUGCCUUGCCAUUCCUAGGACUCAAACCUGGGCCUUCUUAGUUGUGAGCCGAGUGUGCUAACUACCACACUACACGGUGUGUGUGUGUGUGUGUUUGAAAAUAAUGAAGAAUGAAUAAUUAAACGUUAUUCUGAUAGUAACCCUAAUAUGCCCAGCAUUACAUGUAUGUCACACAUAUCAACUCAAAAGUGGAUGCCCUUCACUGUUCACUUACAUGAGACAGUCAGAACAUGAUUCACUAAAUGAGAGAUAAGACGUGCAGUAACACAUUCAUAUGAGUAAUGGAAGCUAUGACUCUCAGUGUGACAUAUGACAUUGUGUUGUUUCAGCAAGGGUCCUCAUAAUAAUGUAUUCUAAGAAAAGGAGAGGUCAUUUGGCAUACUGUUUCAUAAUAAACACUCAUUUUUAUGAAUAAAGUAUGAGAAUAUUUUCACAUGGGAUUUGUUAUCGCCCCUUUGAUGGCGAUUAGUGCAGGAUAAUAAGACCCAUUUCACGCUGACUCGAUGUAUUCAUUGUAUCGGUCAAAACCUGGGAACGUGAAUCAGUUGGUAGCUUACACUAUUAGCCUUACAGGAUAUUAUUUAGUUAUACAUAUAUAGAGAUGUAUUGGUAACCUCGUCUUUAUAUUACUACUGCUACAUAGUUAUGCUACUGUCCACAAUUACACUAAUUUAUUGCCCACAUAUUACACUGAGUAGAUUGUAGUCAAGACACUCACGUGUUGGCGGGUCUUUAGGCUCCUGUAGGUAUUACGCUCAGCGCAGAACGUCCGUUCACGCCCACAGUUCAAGCGUUUCUGCCCCAAGGUGGAGUUGAGGGGCCCCUACACAUGUCUCUUGUGUAGAGUCUUUCAUAACAUAUCUGACCUCCAUGACCUCUCUUCGCACUACCAUCCUCAAGCCUCUGUCCUUCCCUCCUUCGUUCAUCUCUCUCUCUCUCUCUCUCUCUCUCUCUCUCUCUCUCUCUCUCCGGCAAUAACAGUAUUAUUGGUUUUUCUACUUUAUUUCAUUUGUAAUAUGUUACAAAUUAUCUGGUGUGACUAAUGUCACACUAGCCUAAUAAAUAGUACCAUUUUCAGAUA